UGUGGCAGACAGCUACACUCGACUUUCAGGGUCCUUUCUUCGCUGACCUGGUUGGGAUUAUCAACCAACAUGCCGACUGUCGGAGUGAAACGAGACUUUCUCUUUAAAGCUUUGGGCAGAACAUACACUGAUGAAGAGUUUGACGAAUUGUGCUUCGAGUUUGGGCUGGAGCUGGAUGAAAUUACCUCAGAGAAGGAGAUCAUCAGCAGGGAACAGGGCGACUCCAAGGCUUCGGGAGCAUCUGAUGUUAUUCUGUACAAGAUUGACGUGCCUGCUAACCGCUACGACCUGCUGUGUCUGGAGGGGCUCGUCCGUGGUCUGCAGGUCUUCAAGAAUAAGCUCGAGCCUCCUCGAUACAGACGUGUGAGCCCUGACAGUGGGGGGCCUCAGAGGUUGAUCAUCACUAAAGAGACGGCAGCAGUGCGACCCCAUGCCGUGGCAGCAGUGCUAAGGAACAUCACUUUCACUCAGGAGCGCUAUGAUAGUUUCAUCGAGCUGCAGGAGAAGCUACAUCAGAACAUCUGCAGGAAGAGGAGCCUGGUGGCCAUCGGCACCCAUGACCUGGACACCAUCUCCGGCCCUUUCACCUACACAGCCAAAGCUCCUGGAGACAUCUGCUUCAGACCGCUAAACCAGACCAAAGAGUACACUGCAACCCAGCUCAUGAGCCUCUACAGGACAGACAGUCACUUGAGGCAUUAUCUUCCUAUUAUUGAAGACAAACCCGUGUAUCCACUCAUCCAAGACAGCAACGGUACUGUCCUGUCUAUGCCUCCUAUAAUCAACGGGGACCAUUCAAGAAUCCGUUUACAGACGAAGAACAUCUUUAUCGAGUGCACGGCGACCGAUCUUACUAAGGCAAAGAUCGUGUUGGACAUUAUUGUGACCACGUUCAGUGAGUACUGUGCACAGCCUUUCACGGUGGAGCAGGCUGAAGUGGUGUACCCGGAUGGGAAGACCUGCAUAUAUCCUGAACUGGCUUACAGGAAGGAGAAGCUGUCUGCUGAGUUCAUUAACAAAAAAGUUGGCAUAAGUGAGUCAACAGAGAGAAUUGCUCAGCUCCUAACCCGAAUGUGCCUCCUCUCCCAGCCAACCGGUGUCCGCGAUGAGAUCGAGGUGGAGAUCCCACCCACCCGUCCUGAUGUCAUCCACGCCUGCGACAUCAUGGAGGACGCCGCCAUCGCCUACGGUUUUAACAACAUCACCCGCACAACGCCACCUACCUACACUGUAGCUAACCAGUUCCCUCUCAAUAAACUGACAGAGCUGCUGAGACAAGACAUGGCAGCUGCUGGCUUCACGGAGGCUCUCAACUUUGCUUUGUGUUCUCAAGAAGAUAUAGCUGACAAGCUUGGCAAAAAGAUCUCACAGACCCGUGCUAUUCAUAUUUCCAACCCUAAGACUGCAGAGUUCCAGGUGGCGCGCACCACUUUACUUCCUGGCCUGCUGAAAACUAUAGCUGCCAACAGGAAGAUGCCCCUUCCUCUCCAGCUGUUUGAAAUAUCUGAUGUGGUGCUGAAGGAUGAGAGCAAAGAUGUUGGGGCGAGAAACUGUCGCCGUUUCUGUGCCAUUUAUUACAACAAAACUCCCGGCUUCGAGGUGAUCCACGGCCUGCUGGACCGAACCAUGCAGCUGCUGGAGGUGAAGGCAGCCCGUGGAGAGGGGUACCACAUCCAGGCUGCGGACGAUUCAACCUUUUUCCCGGGUCGCUGUGCUGAGAUCUUUGUCCGCGGGAAGAGCGUGGGACGCUUAGGAGUCCUUCACCCAGAUGUCAUCAACCGCUUCGAGCUGACCAUGCCCUGCUCUGCCCUGGAGAUGGACAUCGAGCCAUUCCUUGGCCACACUGCUGAAACCCUCCUGACACAUGACGUUCCCAUGCAGGAAACCAUCAAGCACCAGUUUCCAGCACACAGCCAAUCCCAGGCAGCUCUGCCAUCCCGCACGCCCACAACUAAAACGGUGUUUGGCGACAUGAGCUCGCAGGCUGGCCUCAAGGCGCUCAAUGAUUUCCUGGCCGACAGAAGCUAUAUAGAGGGUUUUGCGGCGACCCAAGCUGACGCCGCAGUGUUUGAUGCCAUCCCCUCUCCUCCCUCGCAGGCCUUCUGCCACGUCCGGCGCUGGUACAGCCACAUCAAGUCCUUCCAGACGGAGAGAGUGCGUCUUCCAUCAGCCAAGAGUCAGUUUGUUCUCCCACCCACUCCCCCCGCCUCCACAAACAACACCAGUGAAGACGACAUCGACCUUUUCGCUUCUGAUGACGAGGAGGAGAGCACAGAGGCAGCUAGAAUCCGAGAGCAGCGCCUCGCCGAGUACGUCGCCAAGAAAUCUAAGAAGCCAGCGCUCGUCGCCAAGUCCUCCAUCCUGCUGGAUGUCAAGCCUUGGGACGAUGACACAGACAUGGCCAAGCUGGAGGAGUGUGUCCGCAGCAUCGCCAUGGAGGGCCUGCUGUGGGGGCAGUCCAAGCUGGUGCCAGUGGGCUACGGGAUCAAGAAGCUGCAGAUAGGGUGCGUGGUGGAGGAUGAUAAAGUGGGCACGGAUCUGCUGGAGGGAGCCAUCACUGCCUUCGAGGAAUAUGUUCAAUCUGUGGACGUGGCUGCCUUCAAUAAGAUCUGAAUCAUGACAGAAUAAACCCGCUGAAUGGUAUUACGUAAUGUAAUCUGGUCUUGGCUGAAGUCAGCUCUCAACAGAAACUCAGGUGCUUCACUCAACAAAGACUCAUUAUUCUAUGAUAGAAACAAAAGAUCCAUUUUUUCAAACGGUAAAUAAAACCUUUCUGAUGUUUGGCUGA